GAGUGGAACCGCCCCGUGACCUCUUUCUCUUCUGUCUCUUUUCACCUAAUACCAUUACCAAAGUACCAAACACUCGACCACCUCUCUAAACAACACAAACACCCACAUUUAUAUAUAUACAUAUUGAGAAAACCACAUACGCCAUAUAUUUAUUGGCCGUACUUUGUAUCUUUGGCCAAACCUAAAAAACAAAAACACACCCUUAUAUUUGUAAUUGAUUCUUGUCGUAUAGAUGCCCCAAUUCAGUUCAUCCCAAGCUCCCAUUUUAAUCCUCCCCGUUCUCAUUAUACUUCUGUGUUCAACGCAAACACAAUGCCACACCAAAGGGCUACGAUUGCGACCAAGAAACCAGAAGAUUGUGAACUCUACGAGUCAGACACAAAACCCUGAAGAGGAAUUCUUGAAAUGGGUUAGAUACGUUGGGAGCCUUAAGCACACGGUGUUCAAGGCAGCCAAGAACAAACUCUUCGCUUCGUAUACACUCACUGUUCAUAAGAAACACAACAAAGGUGACUUCACUAAAAUCCAAGACGCCAUAGAUUCUCUGCCUCUCAUCAACCUCGUUCGUGUCGUCAUCAAAGUUCAUGCUGGAGUUUACAAGGAAAAGGUGAACAUACCUCCAAUGAAGGCAUUCAUAACAAUAGAAGGAGAAGGAGCAGAUAAAACAAUAGUGCAAUGGGGAGACACAGCACAAACACAUGACCCAAAAGGCAAUCCCAUGGGCACCUUCAACUCUGCCUCUUUUGCCGUCAACUCUCCUUUCUUUGUCGCGAAGAACAUCACUUUCAAGAACACGACACCAGUCCCCUUGCCAGGCGCGGUUGGAAAACAAGCGGUGGCAUUGAGAGUGUCAGCCGACAAUGCUGCUUUUUUCGGGUGUAAAAUGCUUGGUGCUCAAGACACUCUCUAUGACCAUUUGGGAAGACAUUAUUACAAAGACUGUUACAUUGAAGGAUCCGUUGAUUUCAUCUUUGGCAAUGCCCUUUCUCUCUACGAGGGGUGUCACGUGCACGCAAUAGCGGAUAAGCUAGGAGCAGUGACGGCGCAAGGAAGGAGCAGUGUGCUAGAGGACACAGGAUUCUCGUUCGUGAAGUGUAAGGUGACAGGGACAGGAGUAUUGUACCUUGGGAGGGCAUGGGGUCCCUUCUCAAGAGUCGUAUUUGCUUACACCUAUAUGGACAACAUCAUCCUCCCUAAAGGCUGGUACAAUUGGGGCGACCCUUCACGCGAGAUGACGGUGUUCUAUGGGCAGUACAAGUGCACGGGAGCAGGAGCAAACUAUGCAGGGAGGGUGGCUUGGGCAAGAGAGCUCACCGACGAAGAAGCUAAGCCUUUUAUAUCUCUUACCUUCAUCGACGGUUCUGAAUGGAUCAGACUCUAACCAUUACUCUUUUUUUCUUUUCUUCACUCUUUUUACCUGAUUAAUAAUGUAAAUUUUCCCAAUAAAAUGACAAUACAUUUUUUAAAAAUAAAAUUCACACAGACCUCAUCUUCUUGUAAUCUUGUCUGAUAACUCAACAUUUGAUCCUGCCCACACAUUUUAAUACUAUUUUUAUGUCACUAACCA